UAGUCAGGCAUACUUGCUCUCGAUGUCCAUCUAGAAUCGAUGUAGAUAUCAGAUAAGUCAUAUUGAGACGUGUAAAAAAUUGCAUUGAUGACUGACCUCAUCUCUCAGCUGUUCUCGUCCUCAACCCCGUCGCUGUCUGUCACUCGUAGUCAAUCACAGAGAUCAACAAUUUUGAACGGAUUUGGGAUUUUCACAUUUCGAUUGAGUUUGUGUUUGAUUUCAUGCCAGUCGCCAAUUAAACAUGUAAUAACACAUGGCGUAAGGCAGUCAGACUGUCAGUCAGUCAGUCAUUGGGGGAGUCAACUGCGAGUGGCAAUUUUUUAUUUCACACGUCGCCCAGCGGAGGGCAUCUCCGUCGCCGGAUCUCGCCCAGAUCGAGUGUCAUGUGGUGCCCAUGUAGUGCAAUUGCCUCCCAUGCCAAUUGCCAAUAAUAAUUGCGAUUAAUUGCUUGAGAGAGAUGGGAGACGUUUCGCACAAUCUGUCAAGUCAAUCAGUUGUGAUUAUUGUCGAGAGACCAAAUCCCAGCUAUAUAAAACACCGGCAUCGCCAGCAGUCCGCAUCCAAGUCGCCGGUCGUCGUCGUUCGUCUAGCAAUCAACAAGAAAACAAUAACAAAAACAAGCAAACAUGUCACGUUUUGUUUGCCUGGCAAUGAUCUUGCUCCUAUCCGCUGCGAUAGCUGUGUCUGCCAAGCCGCACGAGGUGUACAACAAGGAGCUCGCCGGACAGAAGGCCCAAGAGUGCAAAACGGAGACGGGUGCCACAGAUGAGGAAGUGGAGAGCAUGAUGAAGCAUGAGCCAGCGGAUUCACACGAGAGCAAGUGCCUCCGCGCCUGCAUGAUGAAGAAGUUCAGCUUUAUGGAUGACGCUGGCAAGCUGAGCAAGGAGCACGCCCUGGAGCUGGUCAAACUGAUGAGCAAGGACGAUGCCGAUAAGGAGGCAGCUGGCGCCGAAAUAAUUGACACCUGCGAGACCAUCGAGGUGCCCGAGGAUCACUGCGAUGCGGCUGUUGCCUAUCAGAGCUGCUUCUUGGAGCAUAUGCAGGAGCAUGGCCUGGCUCUGGAUGAGCACUAAACGGCAACCAAGGACCAAGGAUUCAACUCAAACCACUCUCCACCAAGCGUCGCAUGAUCAACUCUUCUUCCGUCUUGUUUUUUUGUUAACUUAAUAUGCUACACGUUUAGUUGCUAAGUGUAAAUGCGAAUAAAUUGCGCAAACUGCA